AUGUACAUCUACCGCGGUAAACAAGGUACAAAGCCAUUGGUGCUUACUAACGUCGCACACCCCCCAAGCUCCCAUGUUAUGCAGCUUGCCACAGCAUCCCCGGAUUCUCACGAGUUUCCCCGGAGCGCCUCUCGUGCGUCCCAAAUGGCGAAUUCAGCCCCCCCGAACGUGAGUCGUACACCCCCAAAACUCUCUGCCCAGCGCCGUCCAGGUACCGCCUAUGCUUUUGCGGCUGCAUAA